AUGUUGUCCAGUUUUUACACGUAUGAAAACGAAACUGAAAUCAGUAGUGAAGUUAAAUGUCCCAUAUGUCUUGAUCCUUUUCAAUUACCUUUACGUGAUAUUUAUUGUGGCCAUAGUUUUUGUUUUCAAUGCAUCAAAACGUGGCUGAAACGAAAGCAAUCCUGUCCAAUAUGUCGACAGCAUUUCAGUAAAUUUGUGCGUAUAAACGAUGAAAGAAUACUGAAAGAACUCGAUCAAUUACAUGUUAAAUGCAUACAUUGUAAUCAAACAAAUAUUAAACGAAAUAAUUUCAAUGAUCAUAUGUCAUCUGAAUGUUCGAGUCGAACGCUUAUCGACCACGAGAGAACGAAACAAAGUACGCGAGAAUAUUUAAAUAUUGAAUAUUUAUUGAAACGAAUAAACGAAUCCAUGGAUAAUAGUAGAACGCAAGAUGAUUAUCGCGAACAAAUCAAUUCAAUGUCAUUGCCGGUGUUGAUUUUCAUAAUCUCAGGUGUUCAUUUGCUUGUUUAUAUAUCUGUAUUCAUUCCGGUAGCUGUUAUAUUGAAUAUUACUGAUAUUUUCUUCUAUCUUCUUCGUCAUGCUAUUACGUUGCUUACUCGUUUGAUGAAGUUGCUUAUAUACAGAAUUUGA